AUGUAUUUCAACAACUACCGACCGAUGACCUCAGGAAAGAAUGUAGAAAUAACAUCACACAUUGAAAUGCAAAUAAAAAAACGCGACACCUUCGAGACACCAAGUUUGGAUUUUGAGGGAGUACGUUCGGGAAACAAUGCAUGUCGCUUUUUAAAUCAGAUGUACCAAAUACCAAGUAGAAGAGCACUAAGCAGAACCAUCAUUCCUCAAAUGUAUGCAAAUGUUAAAAAUCAAGUUCAGACAUUAUUAAAUGAAACCAAUUACGUAUCUGUUACCACAGAUAUCUGGACUUCGAUGAAUACUGAUUCAUUCAUAACUAUGACUGCUCAUUUUUAUCCAAAAGACCAAACUCAGCUUAAAACCAUUGUUUUAUGCACUAAAAAAUUGGUAGAAAGUCAUACUGGUGCAUAUUUAGCUGAAAUUAUGACCAAUGAAUUGAGUAUCUGGGAUAUCUACUCAAAAGUGAUUGCGAUAGUGACUGAUGGGGGUGCUAAUAUUAAGUCAGCAAUUAGAAACAUGGGCAUUCAGCAUAUGCCAUGCACAGCCCACAAAUUGAAUUUAGUUGUUCAACAGGCUCUGUAUCUAACAGAUGAUGAAGAAGCAGGAGACAAUACAAAUUUUGCGGCUAAAAUUAGGAACAUUUUUAAAAAAUGUCGGAGUAUUGUUGGGUUUUUUAAACGGAGUGAGGUCGGUAACAGAUUAUUAUCAGAAAAACAAAAACAACUCGGUCAUGAACCAGUUUUAAAACUUAAACAGGAUGUCCGUACAAGAUGGAAUAGUACCCUAUUUAUGAUCGAAAGAUUAGUGAAAUUAAAAGAGCCUCUUACAGUUGUAAUUAUUUCACUAAAUGAUGCUCCGCUUAACCUCACUUUUGAAGAAUGGAAUGAUAUUGAAGACAUGGUACCUCUAUUAAAACCUUUCAAUAGUAUAACGAUAGAACUAUCAGCAGAGCAAUAUCCAACAAUAUCUAAAGUUAUACCACUAAUACGAGGAUUUCAAACUUCAUUAAAUGGAAAAAAUCCCAAAACACGUCUUGGACAAUUUGUUAAAAAAAAUGUAUUGGCUAACAUAUCCAAGAGAUUUGAAUCUGUUAAAAAGCAGACAUUAGUACCAUAUUUUUCCCGAGCAACCUUGUUGGACCCAUGA